GCGGGAUUAACUAGUUUGGAUAUAAUGCCUUUUCAGACAACAGAAAAUACAGAUAUCUGUGACAAUGCUCUUUAAAGUCCAAUAUGCAGGAAAGAAACGCUACAUCAAACUCAAUGGAGCGUCAUAUUCAACAUUUUUGAGACAAGCCAAAGAGAAGUUUGACAUCCUUGAAGAAACAAAUGUAUAUCUUGUGGAUGAAACUGGGACGGAGGUGGAUGAAGACGUCUUCAGUGACGUUCUGGAGGAGAAAUCCGACAUUGUCUGGACUCUCACUGAUGCCUCUUCUGUUGAGGAAUCUCCAAUGCAGUCUUCAUGCACAGACACUCUCUCUGUGUCAUCACGUUCAUCGGACAGUGAUCUUUCGUUCAUGUCCCCUAAACGAAGAUGCAUUGAUGACACCUUGAUGAUGUCCCCAAGAAGAGAUUCAAGUGAUGACAUUUCCUUACAAGCCAAAGAGCUUGUCAAAACACUCCUGGAUGCUAAGCCAGGAGGAGAGAAGAUACUCAAAGAAUACACACAAACAGGGGAGGUUAAAGACCCAUUACGACAAAAACUGGUCAACAUGGUUGUAGCAGCAAUGAUUGAGCAGUAUGGGACUGCUCCACCGAUGGAUGUCAGGACACGUUAUGCAUUGGGAAUUGUCACCCUGUUCCCUUGUCUGAAAGAUCCGUACUCUGAAAAAGGAUAUGAGCACUUUUUUGAUUCCAAAAGUAAUGAAGGCUACAUCGCUUGGAAACUGAAAAACAUGCAGCGCGAACUCAGCAGUGGCAGCAGGAGGGGCAGCAGCACCAGUCGCGAUCCAUCGAGCAACAGAGGACCACAGUUUGCAAGGGCUGUGACUGCGGAGCAUCAGUUGGAGGGUGACCAGUGCAGAGAGGCCAUUUCCCUUCUGAGGCACACCACAGAUGAAAGGCAGAUCUUCUUGAAAAUGGAACAAACAUUUCAGUACAGACAAGCACUGAUUCACGAUUCUGAGAAGUGUGAGACCCUCCUCAGCGUGUUCCCAAGAUUCCUUGAUACAAGAGGCCUGGCGUGUCUGGUGACUGACGGGUGGACACCCAGGCGGCUACCUCCCGAGACGCCUCCCUCUUGGGCGGACACACCGCGGCGCUGCUCCACACCUGUUCCGCGUUGA